AUGACAAUUACACCAAAAGAAAUAACGAAACCAAAAACCGACCUGCAUUUGGACAAUAGUAGAAUAAUGAUAAGUGAUAUAGAAAAUGUAGUAAAAUCUCAAUUAAACUUACGGACCCAACAAAUUCCG